GGCGGGGCUCCCGGCCGGGCCCAGUCAGUGAGUUGCCAGCGCUCGCAGCAGCCGCACGCGACCGCGAGUGCAUCAGUGCCCAUACACUACAAACACUGACACUCCGACCUUCAAUCCGUGAGAACGAGACAUCUAUAUCAGGUGGUGGUGCAUAGGAUGUGAAGUGGUGUCUUGGACAGUGCACACGCGCCGCCCACAGCGGUCAUGGCGACCCGGAGAUAGUGCCAGGUGGUGUCAGUGGGAGCGGGAGGAGCGGCGGCAUGCGCGUGGUGUUGGCAGCGCUGACGGCGCUGGCGGCGCGCGCGCUCGCCGGGCCGCACGAGCACCGCGCGCGCCACCACGCGCCCGAGCACGCCCCGCACUUCCCCGCGCCGGCGCCGCCGCAGCCCUACCGCGGCCACGGCGAGGCCGUGCGGUACAACCCCGAGCUCGACACGAUUCUACCUCGGCUCGAAGACCACGAAACUUCCUCCAAACACGCUAAGUUUGAAGACGCAGAAACUUCUUCCAAAAGAGCCAAGUAUGACGAAAGGUUUUAUUCUAACCAUGAGCGGGCCGACGAGGAACUCAUGGCCGACGAGCCGCAGCUCGGGCCAGAAGAUGAUGACCCUCUCGUCGUCCGCACUAGGAAGGGACGGGUGAGGGGCAUUACGCUGACUGCCGCUACAGGCAAGAAAGUUGACGCAUGGUUCGGCAUCCCUUAUGCCCAAAAACCUUUAGGUGACCUAAGGUUUAGACACCCCAGACCAGCAGAGAGCUGGGGUGAUGAGAUAUUAAAUACUACGACACUGCCACACUCAUGCGUCCAAAUUAUUGAUACUGUUUUUGGUGAUUUCCCCGGUGCAAUGAUGUGGAAUCCAAACACGGACAUGCAGGAAGACUGUCUCUUUAUAAACAUAGUGACACCAAGACCACGACCGAAGAACGCAGCUGUAAUGUUGUGGGUUUUCGGUGGUGGGUUUUACUCGGGCACUGCUACUUUAGAUGUCUAUGAUCCGAAAAUACUGGUGUCUGAGGAGAAAGUUGUGUAUGUUUCUAUGCAAUAUAGAGUAGCAUCUCUCGGUUUUCUAUUCUUCGACACCCCCGAUGUUCCAGGUAAUGCUGGUUUGUUUGAUCAAUUGAUGGCAUUGCAAUGGGUAAAAGAUAACAUUGCUUACUUCGGAGGGAAUCCCCAUAACAUAACGCUAUUCGGUGAGUCGGCUGGUGCGGUGUCAGUUUCCUUACAUUUGCUGUCACCUCUAUCAAGAAAUUUAUUCUCCCAAGCAAUCAUGCAGUCCGGCGCGGCCACUGCUCCUUGGGCUAUUAUAUCAAGAGAAGAGAGCAUAUUGCGAGGAAUUCGUUUAGCGGAAGCAGUCCACUGCCCGCACUCACGUACUGACAUGGGACCUAUGAUCGAGUGUCUUCGAAAGAAAAGUGCAGAUGAAUUAGUCAAUAACGAGUGGGGAACUCUAGGUAUAUGCGAAGUUCCAUUUGUCCCUAUCAUAGAUGGCUCCUUCUUAGACGAGUUGCCUGUACGAUCAUUAGCCCACCAAAACUUUAAGAAGACAAACCUUUUGAUGGGGUCUAACACAGAAGAGGGUUAUUAUUUCAUCUUGUAUUACUUGACUGAGCUGUUUCCUAAAGAGGAGAACGUUGGAAUAAAUAGAGAACAGUACCUACAAGCUGUGAAAGAAUUGAAUCCAUAUGUUAAUGACGUGGCGCGGCAAGCUAUUGUUUUCGAGUAUACAGAUUGGCUGAACCCAGAGGACCCUAUCAAGAACCGUAAUGCGUUAGACAAGAUGGUGGGAGACUACCACUUUACUUGCGGAGUCAAUGAAUUUGCGCAUCGUUACGCUGAAACUGGAAACAACGUCUUCACAUAUUAUUACAAGCAUCGCAGUAAGAAUAACCCCUGGCCGUCGUGGACGGGAGUGAUGCACGCUGAUGAAAUUAAUUACGUGUUCGGAGAGCCUCUGAACCCCGGAAAGAAUUAUUCUCCCGAAGAGGUGGAGUUUAGUAGACGUCUGAUGAGAUACUGGGCUAAUUUCGCGCGAAGCGGAAACCCAUCAAUAAAUCCAACUGGUGAAUCAACGAAGAUCCACUGGCCGGUCCACUCGGCCAUGGGUAGGGAGUACUUGUCCCUGGCUGUUAACUCCAGCUCCAUCGGUCACGGGCUUCGGGUCAAGGAGUGCGCCUUCUGGCAGAAGUACUUGCCUCAAUUGAUGGCUGCUACAGUGAAGCCAGAUCCGCCAAAGAACUGCACAAGCAGUGCAGCGCCAGUCAAGGGGUCCUAUGAGAUCUUCGGCAUCGGGGUGGUCAUCGCAACUGGCUUGGCCAAGACUUCCCUGUUCAAGUACAUCAUAUGAGUCUAUUGUGGUCUUCUUUGGUCUACUGCGGUCUACUGUGGUCUACUGUUGUCGGCUGUGGUCUACUGUGGUCUGCUGUAGUCCACUUUGUUGUUUCCUUUGCUUCGUCUAAUGCUUAUAUGUUAAAAAAUAUUGAUAUGGGUGUGAUGUUGCUUUGAGAUAUUUGAGGAACCAGUCUUCAGAGACAAUUUGCUAUUGAAGGACAAUAGAUUUAUUCAAAUAUAAAUUCGUGAAAGAACAACAUGAAGUUGAAAAACCUAAUUAUGAUGAACCUAAUGAAUUUGAAUGAACAGAAGAAACCCUCAAAAUAAAGGACUGAUAUGGUCAUUCCAAAAAUCUCCAAGCAGCAACACACCCAAAUGCAUUGUGUUCUAAUACAAAGGCGGCUAGGGUUGCAUAACUAAGAUAAUUACGUCGUCGUUUUAAUUGGUCUCGUCAUUUGUUUUCAAUUGAUAAAGACAGAAGACAUGAUUAUGAUAACUGCCUAUUAAGGUCUAUAAUCCAGAUAUUGUAUACAGUAUAUUGAUUUCUGAUUUUGAUAGAAGACAAACAAAAAAAUUGUACAUGUUUAUUAUUAACAAACUUAAAGUCCAAAGUGCAGUCACUAAUCGAAAAUCCUGAUUAUGACGUCGUUGUGAUUUUAGUUAAACAAUUUCAGUCGCCUCUAUUUAGUAAAGUUAGUAAUUAUUAUUAGUGAACAAAUUAUUCGUACAUUAUGUGUUACAGCCAAAAAAUAUUCUGGAAUAUUUUCUUAUUAAGUUAUUUUUAUAAAGUAGAGUAUUUUAGUUGUAAGCCACCUCGAGUGUUGAAUUGCUGAGUCCAUUAAUAUUCGUCUAGAUAUCUGUUAAGUUCAAUAGUUAAACGUAAGCGAUGUAACGUAUUGUUUAAAUUUUAAUGUUAUAUUUUAAAGGGAGUGAUUUCUCCAACUACAUAUCAAUUGUUAAUAACAAAUUAUAGAUUACUGGUAGUCGUAAUUUCGUCAUAGUGUAAGUAUCUACAUAUCUCUUGUAGGUUAAAGGAGUUUUGCCGUGUGGUGUGACGUUUCAUGAAAGGUCAACUUUGUCUUCAUAAUGCUAAGUGGCAAGUUUCCAAGUCUGCGGUGUGUUACGAAGUUCUGUGAAGGCGUAGAUAUGAGAAACUGAUUAAAAAUGUUAGCUUUAAAUCGCCUCUAACGCAAUACAUAUCACGCAAGGCAUAGAAAAAUUUAAGUUCAUUAUAGCCUUAGAUAGUAAGUUUAAUAUAAGCUAGAUCAUUUCACAACUCUGUAGCGGACCAAUAUUAGAAAGUUGUACGUGUUAUGACGGUUCGAAGUGAAGCAGUCGGUGGGAAUUAUGAGGUUCGUCGGACACAAACAAACUAACAAAAAGAAUAUGAAUUUAAGACUAUAGAAGCAAGUAAAACAAACGCAGCGGAUGAAACACAUAUAAGGAAAGAUAAAUUUCAAAAUGAUGUAAUAAAUAAACCAAUUGAUACAAUAGGAUAAACAGACGACGAAACUGCAAGGAAAGGUAAGUGUACAGAAUGUAGUAUACUGAACGUAUUAGAUGAUACAAAAAUUUAGUACAUUACGUUUAGGAUCGAUACAUCUAGCUUAGAGAUCGUAGUGCCAGCAGUUCAGCUUUCAAAUAUUGGUGGACGAUAGAUGAAUCUUUACAAUUCGAGAUUUAAGAUAAAUAUUACCUAGUACAAUACUGUAAGUUUUUUCGCGACAGCCGACUAGAAAACCGCAUACUUCAUUGAUGUAAAUAAAUGGGUGUUAGUAUUAUGUAGGGACUCGUGAUGCCCUUACUACUUUUUUUAAAGGGCAGUUCUGACGGGUGCCUAUAUUGUAUUUAUCGAAAAUAUUAACCUGUUGUGGAAGACGAUACCUAUGAGAUAUAGAUGCUAAAUGUAAUAUUUACGUAGUUUUGUGCUUCUGUUGUAUUAUUUUCAUAGGCUACGGUGGUAUAUUCGGAUGGACGGUGUCUUUAUUCGCUAUGUUAGUUAAUGUAUAGUAAUUCAUGUUUCUAGUUCCACAUUCGAUGUUUCACGGAUUACGCUUAUUCUAGAUCUGCGUAUAAACCUAUAGAGUGCCUCUUAUUCACUUUUAUAUAUAUUGAUACAUAGGUUAUACUGGUAGAUGUAGUACGCGUUAUUUCUCAAUGCACUGUUAUUUUUUUUCUUUAAUUAUUUUCUUGUUCAAAGCGUCGCGUAGUGCCAAAUGAGAUUGGAAAAUCUGAGAAGGGUAUAUAGGUUGAAUUUUGCUAUACAGAUUAAAAAAAAUGCUUAAACAAAUGCGAUAAAAAAGGAUUUCAUAAGUUUUUCUUUUGUUUCUGCAUUUGUAUAACGGUCGUUGACUUCCAAUUAUGGUGUGAAAACUAAUAAAGAGCUAAUUACACUGAUAAAAAGAAAUAUUUUGGUCAAAAUUACGCAAAGAAAUGGCGAUAAUAUGUAAGAGAGUCGUCGAUCGAUAGAAAUCAAAGAUAAAUAUUAUUUGCACCAAUUUGAUGUCUCAAACAGAUUAAAAAUAAACAUUAGUUUUUGCAACGUAAUUGUGUUAAUUAUUAUGAUACAAUAACAAAUUUAAAUCACAUGAUAUUGCUAAGACAAUAAAAUAUAUUAUUCCAUUAUUUAUUGUAUUACCGUAAUUCUUUGGUCUAUUAAAAUAGCUGAUCCUGAGUCACGUGACAAUGAAUUUUACAGAACAUAAGUUGCGUGCAAAUGUUUGAGCGAAAGUGCAUUUUUUUUGUGAAUUAUACAAUAGUGACAUACUCGUAUACAUUAAUAUUUUUAUAAUUUAACCUUUUUGUCUUCCUUUUAUUUCUUGUGAGUAUAUCUUAAAUUCUCGCUAAGUGAUUUAUUUUAUAGUAAAAAUAUUUUUUAAAGUAUAUACUGUUGUUCUUUUUGUUGUAUAAUUUAAGUGAAAAACAGACAUCGACAAAACACUAUCGACGUAAUGUUCUGUGAAAUUCGAAUAGCGUGAUAAUUCCGUUGCUCCUAAUCCACUGCCUCUUUGCUUGGGUACUCCGCUUGGCUAUAAUAUUAAAUGUAUAAUAAAUAAUCAAUGUAUUACAAAUGGCCUAAUGUAGGAGGUAUGACGUCAAGGCCUACGACAAUUUUCCGUAUUCUUAUUUUAAAUUGAAAGUUAUCUUUUUUCGAUUCUAAUAGCGAUUCAAGUAAGUUAAAUAACAUUAGUGCUAUGAUUGCAUUAUUGAAUGUUUGCAAAGUUUGUGUUUAAUUAUAAAAAUAAAUGCUUGUAUAUAA